AUGGAAAUGCCCGAGCUACCGAUCUCGAGCUCAGAGAAGAAGACCCAACAAUUCUCUAACCUCCUCAUCCCGCUCCUCAUUCUAUUCUCCUCCUUCCUCCUCUCUCACCCUCUCUACUUUUUCAAGCUCCUAUCUUUCCUGUCACCCCUCCUUGUCACCACCUUCCUCAUCCUCCUCUUCACCUCGUAUAGAGCUCUCAGAAGAUCGACCGGCAGUGUAGUUGGCGGGAAAGGGGAGGUUGAGCUUCAGUCAGGUGAGGAGGGUGCUGAGGAGAAUGAAGUGUACAAGAUUUUCUUCGAAGCUUCUCACUUGAAAGAUGGGCUGCAAGAAUCUGAAGUGCUGGUCGACAAGUUCUUGAUCUGUGGAGAUGCCAGUGAUGGGGUGUUCGGUGAGCGUUUGGAGGAGAAGAAAUUGCAAGAAAACAAUGAUGGUGACAAUGGUGAUGAGAAAGAUGGUAAUGCUCAAGCAGAGAAGACAUUAGAGGAGCUGUUUCAAGAGAAGGAAGAGGCCGGAGAGUGCGAAGCGGUGGUUCUGCAGGUUGUGGAGGAGAAAGAAGAAGUGAAAGAGGUUAAAGAAGCCAACCCAGAGGUUAAAGAAGCCAUCCCAGAGUCGACGAACUGUGAUUUGGGGAGUAAAGCAGAGGAAUGUGCUUCGAGGGCAUGGAGGAAUUCAAGAAGGCUAAGCAACAGCCUAAGGAUAUUCGAAAAAAGCGACGGAGGGGUUGCAGCAGAUGAGAAGAUGGGCUUGGUCCUUGGAGGGUUUGGGUCGAUGAGGAGGACCGAGAAGGAGUGGAAGCGGACGCUGGCGUGCAAGCUGUUCGAGGAGCGGCACAGCAACGGGGAGGGAAGUCAAGGUGGCGGUGAUGAUGAGGAGGGGAUGGACUUGCUGUGGGAGACUUACGAGAAGAGCGACCGUCCCGCUUCCGUUCCUAAGACCAAUAGCAGCAAGAAAGCGGUGAAAGAUAGUCCGAAGAAGACGAGGAAGAAGGAGGCGUUGCAGAAGGAGGUGGGCGACGAAGAGGAGGAAGAAGAUGAUGGUGAUGAAGAAGAAGAGGAGAUAAACGGGCAUUUCUGCUGCUUGCAGGCACUGAAGCUGUCAGCAGGGAAGGUGAACUUAGGGAUGGGGAAGCCGAACAUCGCGAGGAUCUCGAAAGCCUUCCGAGGGAUCGGGUGGCUUCACCAUGGGAGAGCAAGAAAGGGUCUCAUCCAUUGA